AUGGCACCAACGGCAGCUGCAGGGUCUGGGGGCGGUCAUGCACAGCGCCACACGGCCACGGUGGCCUUACGUACACGUCCAAUACGCACCGAGCGAGGGGAUCGAUCGACACAGCUCCCGACGGCAUCAGCGUCCAAACAAUCGAGCUGGGCCCGUGCGCUUCUGUGCCUCCGCACCCGGGGCUCUAAUCACCGUCGUCGGGCCCUCGUGGCGGUGUCCGCAGGGACGCGCUUCGGCGCGGGCGCUGGGCCGCGGACCUUGUUAUGCCAGAGGGGCCAGGCAGGCAUCCUGGAUGGCCGAGCGUCGAGUAUCGGUGUCCGGACCUACGAUAUCCAUUUUGAAGGCGCCGCCCCUGCUUCCGACCGCUGUCUAGCGCGAUCCGGACCCUGCGCCUGCGAGACGGAGCGAUCUGGCCUGCGCUGGUGGCGGUACAGGAGCCUGUGGAUCGGUGCAUAUUUAGAAGCGGGUGGAGGCUAUAGUCGGAGCGGGUGCGCGAUCGGGUGCGCGUCUUGUUGUGCGCCCGCGUUCCGCGCACAAGUGGGGGCGCUGCGCGGAGGUCAGGCCAGGCCACGUAGGGAGCCAGAGGGAUUGGACGAGCGGGCGUAUGGCGCGGAUAACGACGCGGCCUGGACGCACCUGGGAAGGCGCGGCUCAUAUGAUACACGCACGCGGGGUCAGCAGGCGAUAGACGCAGGACGCGGAGGUCAGAAGGCGCGCGCGGUGCGAGCGACGCAUCCGACUGCACCCCGGGAUGUGCACUUCCCGAUGCGGGCUGGUCGUGGUUCAGUGUAUUGCGUAGCUCAGCGGAUAAUUGGAAGCCCGAUGCUGGGUGGUAGGAACGCCAGCGGAUGCGGUCAUGACGCGGGCAGGCUGGGCCCGGCAGCGGGGAAGAAAACGAACGCGAUCGUGGUGACGGUGAACGUGGACGGUAAUGGACGUUGGAGGCUUGCGAAUCCGGACGCCGCGAUUGGGUUACGUCCGGAGAUCGUCCGCGGUGGUCAGUCCGGGGGUUGA